UACAUGGCAAAAUCAAAACAAAAUGCAGAAUGAGGGAAAUAAAGUUUUCAUUAAUCAUUUGAAACAGAAAUUUAGUGGAUAUAUCGUAAUUUUCUCAUUGUUUGUGCGACAGAUUCAGUCAGAUGCCAUAGUGGUUACGUUUGACACGAUAAUUUCGACAACAUCAAGUCAGUUUUUAGGUAUCACGCUUGAUUCUGGGCUUAUCCAGCACAAGUGGGACAAACUUAACUUAAGUUCUCCAAAAGUAUUAACUUUGGCUAAAGGUCUUUCACCGUACACCAAUACGUACCUGAGGCUUGGUGGAACAGCAGCUGAUUUCUGUACUUUCACCUUAUCAGAUGUCAAGGUCACGCAGCAGCAUGUCGGAAAGUUGGAGGGGCAUGAUCUAUUAUAUGAAUUCCUUAGAAAUAAACACAAAAAUUUUACAGAGUUCUAUAUGACAGCUAGAACGUGGGAUGAAAUCCAUGAAUUUGUUCAGAAGGCCAAAUUGGACUUGAUUUUUGACCUCAAUGUUCUUCUACGAACAAAUCAUAACCAUUGGAACAGCUCAAAUGCAGAACUAUUACUGAAAUACACACAGUUUAAAGGCUACAGAAUGGCAGGCUGGGAACUGGGAAAUGAGCCCAAUAGCUUUCACCAUUUGAAUUCUUCCAUAAAUGUAACAGCAGAGAGUCUAGGACAAGCUUAUUUUCAGCUUUCACAGAUGUUGGCCAAAUUUCCCACAAUUCAUGGAAGAAUUUUCACAGGGCCAAGCACUACACAGCUGAACAAAAAGCCUACAAUACGUUAUUUUUCAGAUUUCCUGAAAACACCUGGUGGAGGAAAAGUGACAUCUCCAAACUUUCAUCAAUACUAUGUCAACGGAAGAACUGCUACGGUAAAUGAUUUCACAAACUCUGAAAUCCUGGAUAGUUUUGAGGAUGAGCUUAAAACUGGGAACAGGGUUAUCCAAGGAAUGGGGGAAAAGAGGAAACUGUGGCUGGGAGAGACCAGCUCGGCUUAUGGAGGGGGAGCAGAGGGGCUCUCAGACGCAUUCGUGGCUGCUUUCAUGUGGCUAGACAAGCUGGGUAUGGCCGCUAAGAACAAUGUCAACGUUGUCCUGAGACAGAGCUUCUAUGGUGGUAAAUACGCCCUGUUAGAUGCCACAACAGUGGACCCAAAUCCUGAUUACUGGUUGACCCUGCUGUACAAACAACUUGUUGGAAAUGAUGUCCUCAAUAUAACUUCCUCCUCAAGCUCUCGGGAUGUCAGGUUUUAUGCUCACUGUUCUUCUGAGAGGUUUCCUCUGGGAUCAGUAACAUUAUACGGUAUGAAUCUACUCUCUGAUGGAGUUAAUGUGACAUUUCCACAGCUGGAUGGACAGCUGAAAAUUUAUCUCCUGACGGCCCCAAACCAAGAUCUUAAGUCCAGAUUUGUGAAUUUGAAUGGAGUUACCUUGAAGAUGACCUCUGACACCAGUUUGCCGCAGUUGACCCCAAGGUCAGACACCAGUCCUCUGUACCUGCCACCAUUUUCCUAUGUGUUCAUUGUGGCUGAUGGAAAGACAUAUAGUAAAGCUUGUAUCCAUUGACCGGAAAACUUGUCCGAGAACUCAGUAUACAUAUUAAUGGCAAAAAUAUGCUUCAAAGAUCUGUUUGCAGGUGCAGAAAUGGAUUAAGCUGUAAUUCAGAGCUGCUAGUGCAAUAUUUUUAUAGUUUUAUAAUUUUAUAUCAUGUUACAUGUAUUUGUAUU